GUCGUCGAUUUCUUUGCUACAACAUGGCGGAUCAGGGAGAGCGUUCGUUUCAACGUCAACCAACCAUUUUCCUUAACCGGAAAAGCGGUAAUAAUAAAAAGAGUAAAAUCGAUCGCUACACUCGAGUGGUUGGUCUUGGUUUCAAGACUCCCAGAGAGAACGAAAAGUCCUUCCAGAAGCAACCCACUGUCUUCUUGAACAAGAAGAGUGGUAAGAAACAGAAAAAUCUGAGAUACCAUAGGAAUGUUGGUCUUGGAUUCAAAACUCCCCGUGAGGCUAUUGAGGGCACCUACAUUGACAAGAAAUGCCCGUUCACCGGCGAUGUUUCUAUCCGUGGACGAAUUCUUACCGGUGUUGUCCAGAAGAUGAAGAUGCAAAGGACCAUCGUCAUCCGCCGUGAUUACCUUCACUACAUUAAGAAGUACAACCGUUUUGAGAAGAGACAUCGUAACAUGUCCGUGCACUUGUCACCGUGUUUCAGGGAUGUUGCCAUCAACGAUGUUGUUACCAUUGGUGAAUGCCGGCCCUUGGCCAAGACAGUUCGUUUCAACGUGCUGAAGGUCAACAAGGCUGCUGGAGCCAAGAAAUCCUUUAAGAAGUUUUAAGACCAUUGUCUUCUGAAAAGUGAUUUCCAAUACAGAAAAAAAAAACUC